AUUGGCCCUGUCAACACGGGUUCUCCACUUGUGAGGAGAAAAAAGAAUGGAAAUCCUUCCAGAUGCAGCUUCUCUGGCAACAAAGCUGAAAAAUAUUCUAAUCCAGUACCACAGGAUUGAAGAUGGUGAAUGGCGAAUUGCUAAGAAAACGAAAGAUGCAACUGUGUGGCGGAAGCCAUCAGAAGAAUUCAGUGGAUACCUCUACAAAGCUCAAGGAGUUGUGGAAGACAUUACCAACAGAGUAGUAGAUCACAUUCGUCCUGGACCUUAUAGACUAGAUUGGGACAGCUUAAUGACUACAAUGGACAUUGUUGAAAAGUUUGAGGAGAAUUGCUGUGUAAUGCGCUACACCACUGCUGGCCAGCUGUGGAACAUCAUUUCCCCAAGAGAGUUUGUUGACUUCUCUUACACAACUCAGUAUGAAGAGGGGCUUCUAACAUGUGGGGUAAGUCUAGACUACGGAGAGAUAAGACCUAAUUUUGUCCGUGGAUUUAAUCACCCCUGUGGCUGGUUCUGUGUCCCGCUUAAGGAUCGUCCUGAUCAAAGUCUUUUGACGGGCUUCAUCCAGACUGAACUGCGAGGGAUGCUUCCUCAGUCUGCAGUAGAUACUGCUAUGGCUAGUACCCUGGCAAACUUUUACUCUGACCUCAGAAAGGCACUGAAAACAUAAUCAACUAUUGACCUAAAUUUCCAUACAUGUCUUGCAAUCAUCUGUUCCUCUUCCUGUAUUGUAUCAAAGCUUUGAUUAGGUUAGCAGGUGCUGCCUAUGGGGUAUGCAUACAUCCCUAGCUUAACAUGUGGGUGUGUGUUCCUUGCUGAGCUCUGAAAACAUAUAAUGUACAGACUGAACAUACAGAAUCAUCUGCUUCCAAGGAAGAUAGCUCAGAAUUGGGGCUCAACCCUGGUAAAUAUCAAGUGACUUCAGCUCUCACUGAAACAAGGGGAGUGGAGGGAUAAUCAUUAUUUUGCAAGUUCAGACCAGCUGUGCUGUGGAAUUUUAUAGUUUUUAUUUUUAAGGAGCUCCUUUAAAAGACAUAGUCUUAUAUAGUAUGUGCAUGUUUCUAUUUUUUAUACAUUUUAGUUUAAUCCAAAAUGAGAUUAAGUCUGUAUUAAGGCUCAGAGUGGAAUUCCCCUAAGGGAUAUUAAAUUGGGUAUUAUCACUUAAAUUGAGCUCUUAUUUGAGAGCUAAAGAUUGACAUUAGCAAAUACCUAUGUUGUUGGCAUUUCUUAAAUAUUAGUCCUAUCUAUGACUAGAAGACUUUUUAAAUACAGUAGUUAUGUCAAGAUACUAAAUAUUUAGUAGGAAUGCAUUUAUAGCUGCUCAGCCUAUUGAAGUCAACAGGAGUCUUUUUCCAUUGUUUUCAUUAGUGAUGGAUCAGCCCCACCUUAAUCAAAGCAGAAAACCCCAAGACAUCCAUUCAUUGUCCCUUUGUGCAACUUAGCUUUUAAAAGCAGAAAUGUAUCUACAUAGCUAAACCUGCAUCUACUGUAGAUUGGUGUUUAUUGGAAACCCUAACCCAUUUUUUCCCCACAGUUCAAUUUUUAAAAAAAUCACUCAGUAACAUUUUUAAUUCCCUCCUCUGGCCCCUAUAUUUUUCUUUUAGAUUAUAUCAUAAAUUUUAAGUUAAAUACUACAUCUGGAUAUGGAAGGAGCCGAUAAAGUCAAUGUAGCAGCUUACAGCUUUUCCCACGUUAAAUGACCAAACAUUUUCUAAAUUGAAAAUUGGGUGUAACUAACCAAACUAAAAUGCUCUGAAAACAUGAAUAUUUUCUGUUUUAAAAAAAAAAACAAAAAACAAACAAUGUAAAUCUCAAGAACUUGGGUAAGCAACAAGCAGAAACCUGAACUCUAGUCUCAUUCAAAGCCAUUUGAAAACUAAGGGCCACAUUUUUGAUGGUAUUUGACAGAGAAGGUAGAUGCCUUAGGUUCAUCUGACAAUUCCAUUGGAUACCUAGCUACAUCUUUAGGUGCCUUAAAUAUCUUUAAAAGUUUGUCUCUGAGCAUUUAAUAAUUUCUAUGCAUCUUUCGGAAAACUACAUAGUUACCCAUGCAACACUACAAAUGCUUAAUGGGUAUGUCAUUUGUUUGAUUAGGGUUUGCUUUAAUUGUGUGAUGCAGUGAAUACAUAUUAAUUUUUUAUAAUUUUCAGUGACAGAAGUAUAGCAAGUAGCAUACCAUAAGUGACUGAGAGCUACGAGCAGCUUAAUUAUCGUACAGAGAGGAAGCUUAAAGGGAUGUGCAGAUUAAAGUAGGUCUAAUAUUUAGAUUUUAUUGAAACCAAAAUUCAGAAGCCUAUGAUCAACAAAAAGUUAAUCAAAAUCAAAAUUUUAAUGGAAACAGCUUUUGUCUGCAGCAUUUACAACCUAUUCAGAACACCCCAUUCAGGGGUGGCCAACCUGUGUGAGAGAAGGAGCCAGAAUUUACCCCACUCCCAGUGCCUUCUGCCCAUUGGCAGCCCCGCUAGUCAGCACCUCCCCCUCCUGAUCAGCUGUUUUGUGGUGUGCAGGAGGCUUGGAGUGGGAGGAGCGAGGGCGUA